UCUUUCCAGCGCUGCCGAGUGCGAAACGUGAAGACAAGAUGAGCAAGGUUUCCAGGGAUACGCUGUACGAGGCCGUACGUGAGGUCCAGCAGGGCUCCCUAGCCAAGCCACGCAAGUUUUUGGAAACGGUGGAGCUCCAGAUCAGCCUGAAGAACUACGACCCACAGAAGGACAAGCGUUUCUCGGGCACUGUCAGGCUGAAGACCACUCCCAGGCCCAAGUUCUCUGUGUGUAUCCUGGGUGACCAGCAGCACUGCGAUGAGGCCAAGGCUGCUGACCUGCCACACAUGGACAUUGAGGCACUCAAGAAGCUCAACAAGAACAAGAAGCUUGUGAAGAAACUCGCAAAGAAAUACGAUGCCUUCCUGGCCUCUGAGUCCCUCAUCAAGCAGAUCCCGCGUAUCCUGGGCCCCGGCCUCAACAAGGCUGGCAAGUUCCCCUCGCUGCUCACACACAACGAGAACUUGGUCACCAAAGUGGAUGAGGUCAAGUCCACCAUAAAGUUCCAGAUGAAGAAGGUGCUGUGCCUUGCUGUUGCUGUGGGACACGUGAAGAUGACAGAGGAUGAGCUUGUGUACAACAUCCACUUGGCCAUCAACUUCUUGGUGUCCUUGCUGAAGAAGAACUGGCAGAAUGUGCGGGCACUAUACAUCAAGAGUACCAUGGGAAAGCCACAGAGGCUGUACUGAGGGCUGCCGUGUGCCAAUAAAGCUGAGGAAUCUGUGA